UCAGAAUGGUCUCAAUGACACGUUAUGAAGUCAGCAGCCUAUCUCUGUUUCUCAAAUAUAUUAGAAAGAACAGAAUACCACUGUGAUAGAACAUUUAGACUCUAAUUUAGCUCAGCAUGAAAGCAUUUAGCAUCUUCAUCUGGGUGUUCAUCACCCUGCUGCUGUUGCUGCUGCUGGAGAGUUCAUCAUGUGCUGGUGACUCAAGUGUUGUGAAUCCCUGUUGCUACUACCCUUGUCAACAUGCAGGAGUGUGCAUGCGAUUUGGUACAGACAGUUUCAAAUGUGACUGCACUCGCACUGGCUUUUAUGGAGACAACUGCACUAUUCCGGAGUUUUGGACCAGAAUUCAACUCAUGCUGAAGCCCAGUCCUUCUGUGACUCACUUCAUCCUUACUCACUUCCCGUGGUUUUGGUACCUGAUAAACAACUCUUUCCUACGAGACACCUUCAUGAGAUUAGUGUUGACAGCCAGGAGUGACCUUAUUCCAAGCCCUCCCACCUACAAUACCAAAUAUGGAUACAUUAACUGGGAGUCCUACUCUAAUAUCACCUACUACACUCGGCUCCUUCCUCCUAUACCUGAAGACUGUCCUUUGCCCAUGGGCGCUAAAGGUAAACCUGUUCUUCCUGAUGCCAAAGUCUUCGUUGAGAGGUUUUUCAAGAGACAGAAGUUUAGGCCAGAUCCUCAGGGAACCAAUUUGAUGUUUACCUUUAUGGCUCAACACUUCACGCACCAGUUCUUCAAGACAAACCAUAAAGUUCAAGGGGGCUUCACCAAGGGUUUGGGGCAUGGGGUAGACGCGAGCAACAUCUAUGGAGAAGAUCUCGUGAGACAACAUCAACUUCGGCUUCAUAAAGAUGGAAAGCUGAAGUAUCAGCUGGUAAAUGGUGAGGUGUACCCUCCUACAGUGUCUGAGGUCCCAGUGCACAUGGUGUAUCCUGAAAACAUCCCAGCAGACAAGCGUCUGGCAAUCGGUCAGGAGGUAUUUGGCAUCCUGCCGGGUCUAACCAUGUAUGCCACCAUAUGGCUGCGGGAACAUAACAGAGUCUGUGACAUCCUGAAGGCAGAACAUCCCACCUGGGAUGAUGAGCAGCUUUUCCAGACAGCCAGACUCAUCCUUAUUGGUGAGAUCAUCAACAUUAUAAUAGAAGAGUAUGUGCAGCACCUGAGUGGCUACAUGCUGGACUUGAAGUUUGACCCGUCCCUGCUCUUCAAUACACGUUUCCAGUAUAACAAUCGGAUCGCCCUGGAGUUCUGCCACCUCUACCACUGGCACCCUCUGAUGCCUGACAGCAUAGUCAUAGAGGGAGAGGAAAUACCAUACUCUCAGUUUUUAUACAACACCUCCCUCCUGAUGCAUUACGGGGUGGAAAGGCUGGUGGAUGCAUUCUCUCGACAGAUUGCAGGACAGAUAGGAGGAGGUCACAACUCUCAUCAAGUGGUGCUUAAAGUUGCAGAAAUGGUCAUCAGAGAAUCCAGAGCUACACGUGUGCAGCCUUUCAAUGAAUAUAGGAAGAAGUUUAACCUGAAGCCUUACACAUCUUUUGAUGAAUUAACUGACAACACUGAAAUAGCCCGAGGUUUAGAAGAAGUCUACGGUGACAUAGACGCCCUGGAGUUUUACCCAGGCAUAAUGCUAGAGAAAACCCGUCCUAAUGCCAUUUUUGGAGAGAGCAUGGUGGAGAUGGGUGCUCCAUUUUCCCUGAAAGGCCUGCUUGGAAACCCAAUCUGCUCGCCUGAAUACUGGAAGCCCAGCACCUUUGGAGGAGAAACCGGCUUUAAUAUUGUCAAGACGGCCACUCUGAAAAAACUGGUGUGUCUCAACAGCAAAUGGUGUCCAUACGUGGACUUCCAUGUGCCGCGCAAUGAGGACGAGGCAAAACCGAGGAAACCGUCCACUGAACUUUGAAUUCCGACCUGAAUUAUUAUCCUACUCAGACCCAGUUUUUUGACUUUUACUGAGAAAGGAUGAUUUUAAUACUCAGUAGGUGUAACCCUGUCAGCAGUGAAUGAUGAUGAUGAUUACUUGAUACUCAGCACGACAGUUCCUCUAAACCUUGAUUUGUUUUUUUUACAUGCUUUAAUUUGCAGGCUUUUGAAUAAGAUUAUACUUUUUAAACUAAAAAAAAAAGGAAAACUUGUGUAUUUUUAAAGUGCAAAAAAUAAAUGUGAGAGACACCAAAGAUUGAUGUGUUAUUUUUGAUCAAAAUGAGCGUUUAAUCUCUGAGAAACAUUGUCAUUCAAUAAUAACAGGAGAUUUACGAAUAAAUCAAAGUGUUUUGGCAAA